CGGCAGUUUAAGUGGCUCGAAACUGCUGUUAUAAAGUGCGAAAUUUGCAAUACAUUUUGUACUUCCAUUUUACAUUGAAAUUUUCAUAACAAAUUAGUCAUAAAUUAAGCUAAAACUGUUAACGGCGCGUUGAAGUGUUAUUGCCGCAUUGAAAUUGUAUAAUUGCAAUGAUGUACAUAGUUUAAAAUUUCUUCCCCACAUGUCGUCGACGUCACUGUCGUCACCAGUAAUACGUAUACGUGCUUAAGUUGUGCUGAGCAGCAACAGCGACAGGAAAAACAGAAAAAAACCAAAAAAGCCAUAAACAUACAUAUAUAUAAACCAAAUAACAACAAAAGAGAAGAGAAGAAACAAAAGCUACGAAGAGUUAAGCACUUUGGUUUUGUCUUUUGCUUUUGCUUUUGGUUGUGUUCGUCGUUUCUCUUUUGUAUGCCAAGCUCAACUCCUUCGACGUAAGAAAACGCGCUCAACACUCCUCCACAACAAUAAGAACAACAAACACAGCAACAACAAUAAAAGCACGUUUCUCAACACAUGCACAUUAAAAACACUAGAUUUCUGAGAGCGUUUCCAGUGAAAAAAGUGAGCUAGUGAGAGAGAAAGAGAGGGUGAGCGCGAAACGCAACUCCUUGGCCUUAAUAUUUAGUUGCUUUUGUUGUGUGGCCGUUCGUUUUGUUGUUGUUGUUGUUGCCUCUGAGUGUUGCCUCCUGGUAACUUGCGCGCGCCGUUCAACGAAAGCUGUACAACUGUCAUGGCCGGUAAUGGAGAGGCGUCCUGGUGCUUCUCACAGAUCAAGGGCGCCCUAGACGAUGAUGUCACCGAUGCGGAUAUCAUAUCCUGCGUGGAAUUCAAUCACGAUGGCGAACUGCUGGCCACGGGCGAUAAAGGCGGUCGCGUCGUCAUCUUUCAGCGUGAUCCCGCCUCAAAAACUGCUAAUCCGCGACGCGGUGAAUAUAAUGUCUAUUCGACAUUCCAAUCGCACGAGCCUGAAUUUGAUUAUCUUAAAUCGCUGGAAAUCGAGGAGAAAAUCAAUAAGAUACGAUGGCUCCAUCAAAAGAAUCCCGUGCACUUUCUGCUCUCCACCAAUGACAAAACGGUGAAGUUGUGGAAGGUCAGUGAGCGCGACAAGUCAUUCGAGGGCUACAACACAAAAGAGGAGAACGGUCUGAUAAGAGAUCCACAAAAUGUAACCGCCUUACGAGUUCCUUCUGUGAAGCAAGUACCGCUUAUGGUGGAGGCCUCGCCACGUCGCACCUUUGCCAAUGCACACACCUAUCACAUCAAUUCAAUUAGCGUUAAUUCUGAUCAAGAGACUUUCCUAUCGGCCGACGAUUUGCGCAUUAACCUCUGGCAUCUGGAGGUGGUCAAUCAGAGUUACAAUAUUGUUGACAUCAAGCCAACCAACAUGGAGGAGCUAACGGAAGUGAUCACCGCAGCGGAAUUCCAUCCGACCGAAUGCAAUGUGUUUGUCUACUCCAGCUCCAAGGGCACAAUACGACUAUGUGAUAUGCGAUCGGCGGCGCUAUGCGAUCGCCAUAGCAAACAGUUUGAGGAGCCCGAAAAUCCAACGAAUCGCAGUUUCUUCAGCGAGAUAAUCAGCUCUAUAAGUGACGUCAAAUUGAGCAAUUCAGGCCGCUACAUGAUCUCCAGAGACUACUUGAGCAUCAAGGUGUGGGACUUGCACAUGGAAACGAAACCAAUUGAAACCUAUCCGGUACAUGAAUAUCUUCGGGCCAAGCUGUGCUCGUUGUAUGAGAAUGACUGCAUCUUUGACAAGUUCGAGUGCUGUUGGAAUGGCAAGGAUACCUCAAUAAUGACCGGCAGUUACAAUAACUUUUUCCGUGUAUUUGAUCGCAACUCGAAAAAGGAUGUUACACUGGAGGCAUCCAGGGACAUUAUAAAGCCCAAGACGGUGCUAAAGCCACGCAAAGUUUGCACUGGCGGCAAACGAAAGAAAGACGAAAUCAGCGUCGAUUGUCUGGACUUCAACAAGAAAAUCUUGCACACCGCCUGGCAUCCCGAGGAGAAUAUCAUCGCAGUGGCCGCGACUAAUAAUUUGUUCAUAUUUCAGGAUAAAUUUUAGCUAAAACUUAAUUCGCAAACAUUGUACACAUCCACGCCAACUACUAGGGCCUCGGCACAGCCUUGGCAACAGUGGCAACAGUUGCCUCAUUUAAAUGUUAAUUCGAUUGAUUUGUUUCCAAAGCUCUGUCAAAUUACCCAUAAAUUGUUUAUCUAACGUUUAAUCAGGACCUUAUACAUAAACACACACGCAUACACAUCCAGGCACACACCCAAUACACACAUGUUCACACUCAAAUACACUCACAUACUCAUACACAUAAAUGCCAUAGCAAAAGCUUUGUAACAUUUUUCCUUAGUGAUACAAGAUAAAUAAAAAUUUUUAUACAUAGAUAACAUAAACAAACAAGAAAAAUGAAGGAAACAUAAUGAAGCAGACAUUUAGUUUUCAUUGUAGCGUAAUCAAAGAAACAAUCGAAUUAUCCAACGUAGUGCCCCAAGAUUUUUUAUAUGUAUACAUAAUUACGCGCCCAAGUAUUUCUAAUGAACAACAUAAAAAUAAACAGAAAUAAUAAUAUAUUAUAAUAAAGAAUCACAAAAUGCAUAUUGUCAUACAUUAGAAACCAGGUCCAUUCGUUUUAUGUUCGCUUGUUAAGUUUAAAAAAGAAAACAAAAAAAGAUAAAAACGAAACAAUAUCGGAAAUCAUAUAAAUGAGUAAUGUUUUAAGCAAAUGUUGUGCGCUUUAUUUUGUUGUAUAUUUCUACUUUCGUUUUCAAUCAAGUUCAUUCCAUGCUGUUAAAAACGAAAAAAAAAACAUAAAUAGCUAGCACCUCUAAUAUAUAAUUCUAAAUCUCAAUCCAGAAAACAACUCGAGCGCAUGCCUUUUCCUCAACCUUUAUCCUUAUCUGUUAUCACUCAUGAGAAUCACGCAAAUAUAAAUAAAAAUGCUCAUUAAAAAAAAA